UUUCUUUUCCUUUUCCCGGACAAGUAAAUAUGCCCAAAUUGAGCAGCAUAUCCUCUAUCUGGCUUUCUAAAUACCGUUACAAAGACAUGGCUGCCACUGGUGCCGUCCCCAGAGUCAUCACACUUUUCGCUCUCUCCCAAAAACCCAUGAAAAUCCCGCAAUUCUCCAUCCAAACUCUUUCUCUUUCUACUUCUAAACCCAUCUUCACUUCCCUUACUAAUUUCUCUUUGUCCUGUCCUAGAUUUAAAUCAUACAAUGUCAGCCCCUGCAGCACAUAUUAUCGCCUCUCCUGCAACAGCAUCUCCGCGUUCACCACCAACUCCAAUUACGAGUUUUUUGAUGGAUCUUCAGAGGUGGAAUUGAGGUUACCGCUUGGAAGCCAAGAUUUUCAGAGUUCCAGAGAUAUAUUUGUGGAUGCAGAUGGUACCUUCUUAAUUGUCAGAAUACAACGCUCGGGGUCUCUCGCCACACUUAUAGAAACCAAUCAUCUGUUUGAGAAAGUAAAGCCCGCUGAAACAAUCUGGUUUAUAGAUGAUGAUCAGCUUGUUAUCAACUUGAAGAAGCAGGACCCUGAUUUGAAAUGGCCUGACAUUGUGGAGUCAUGGGAAUCCUUGACUGCAGGAGCUAUGCAGCUUCUCAAAGGGACAUCAAUCUACAUUGUUGGCAGCUCAACUGAAAUUAACCAAAAAGUGGCUCGAGAACUUGCAGUUGGUCUUGGGUAUACACCUCUUGAUACACAGGAGUUGCUAGAAACAUUUUUGAAGCAAAAGAUUGAUUCGUGGGUUCUUGCUGUAGGUUCUGACUGUCUAGCUGAGGCAGAAGGUGCUAUAUUAGAAAGCCUGAGUAGUCAUGUUCGUGCUGUUGUUUCAACAUUAGGAGGGAAGCAUGGAGCUGCUAAAAAGGCUGAUAAAUGGCGACAUCUUUAUGCGGGAUUUACUGUCUUGCUAUCACAAACUGAAGCCGUGGAUGAAGAUUUGGCAAAGGAGGAGACCAGAAGGUAUAUUCAAGAUGGUAGCCUAGCUUACAUGAAUGCAGAUGUGAUUGUUAAGGUCCAGGGUUGGGAUGCUGAUCAUGUGAAAAGUGUUGCUCAGGCAUCCCUGAGUGCCCUCAAACAGUUGAUUCUGUCAGACAAGAAGCUUCCAGGUAAGAAGAGCCUUUAUAUUAGGUUAGGAUGCCGUGGUGAUUGGCCAAACAUCAAGCCUCCAGGGUGGGAUACAUCAGCCCAAGGAGAUGCGACCUCAUAGCAUGCUACAGAAUUUAUCAUUACAUUGAGAGUAAUACUGUGUUUAGAUUGAGUGCAAUAUGGUUUAUUAAUGUAUUUUAUUAUACUGUACUGUAUUGUAUUAUAUGAUUUUUAUUAUUAAUAUGUUUGGAAAGA